AUGAAUUUUCAUCCAGAGCAAGCUGUGACACAACCGCAAAUGUCUUCAGCGACCUCCAAAGUCCUUACGGCUAAGCCCAUUCGAAUCAGGAGCUUCACAACCCACAUCGAUGUCGACGCCGUAGUCGAGAAAAUAAAAUGCGGCAUGCUCUACUCCGCCACCCCCGACCCUAUGAACAGAGCCCUUCAUGUCUUCGUCCAGCCCAAAGCCGCCGCAGAAUUCUUCAACGCCUGCCAUCAUGAACCGCUCAUCGUUGACGGCAACCGACUCUCCGUGGACUUCGUCCUCAGGGAGCAAGCCCUCGUGAUACCCCCACUCUUGGCCAGGGAGAUUUUUGUUAGCGGAUGGACGCGUGUGCUUGGGGUCUCUCGUCCUUCGAACCUCCCAGACGCCUGGAUCAUCAGACCCACAGAUUUCUAUGACUUGCUCGAUCGUCCGAACGGUGGCGAUUUGCGUAUGUCGAAACUGGAUCAGUUGAGUGACGAGCAUGGAGUCCCGUAUGAGCUGUAUACGGUUCAGUAUUCGUCAGUUGCUCUUUGCAUCCAGGCUCGGAUUGCGAUAGAGCUCAAUAUGACCGGGAAAUGGACGGGUUGUACAACUGUGAGGCUCGCGGAUCCCUGUGGUGGACUGGAGCUCCCUUCAGGCAGCGAUAGUACACCGGGAUCUGUUGACACAAUACCUGCUGACCCGCGAACCUACCCGAUCGCGAGCGCUGAACUCAACGCACCAGAGAAUCCUGCCGCUCCACCACAAGCGAAUUCACGCUUCGGGUCAAAAACCACAUCGGUAACGAUCACCAGGCCUCAGGUCAAGCUCUUUGCUCGGAUAGAUCCCGCUGCGGAAUGCAAAGGAGUUACUACAAAUUCAGGUGGAGGAGAAACCGGUAAUGAGGGAAAGGAGCUUCCGCUCCCGACGCCGACGAUGCCGCAACCCGAACUCAACGGCCUUACGGAUAUCGCCUCCGAUCCAGGGCAAAUCACUGUGAAGCCAGUAACCACCAAUCCCACGGGAAGGGGUCAUUUACAGGCCUCCUCGAGCUCCGUACAGGAAACACGUCAGAUUAACAACGAGAAACUCGUGGAUCUGGCCAGAAGAUUGGAAGAAGCUGCGAUGACGCCUGCAGCCAAGGCUGGUGCUGGCGAGUCUGCAUUCUCUAACGAAGAAACCCUUGCCCUCCUCAACGAUGCAAUCGGGAAAGUCGUGGAACUGAAGGCAAGACUGGGCAAUGGUCUGCAAGAGGAGAUUCUUUCGAGAGGAGAUGGUGAGAAAGUGGAGUUCACGCAGAAAGAAGAAACGGGACCUCUGGCGACAUCGAAUGGCGCCAGCGAUGAAAAGAGAAAACACCAGCAAGUGUUUGAUAUUGGUGGCCCUCGAACUCAGGAGAAGGAAAAGGCACUUUCGGCUGCUCCUAAGGCGAUGGAAAGCCCGCUCCGGAAUAUGGCCAAUGAAUUUCUUGACCCGUACACGCCCACACCGUUUCUGACCGCUGCGUCUGUCGCGGAACCAUCUAUCCAUCCGUCUCCUACUUUAAGCAUCACAGAAGAGUCGACGCCAGUGAUGGCCCCGGCGGCCCCAGCGGCGGCUGCUCAGAACGGAACCCAGACUCAGUCAGUGGAGUCCACUGCUGAAACUACAACGAGUCCACAGAAUCCAGAGAAGGAAGACUCCUCAACGGCACAGAAGCCGCCUCCUCCUGCUCCUAGGCGCAAAGGACGAGGAUUCUCCACCUUUGGGCGCGGCGGAUUGGGCGCAAGCAAAUGGGCAAAUUAG